AUGCGAUUCAAGAUACAUUAUCGUAUUCAUCCAGCUGAUUCAUGUAAAAAAAUUCUUGAAAAUAAUCGUCGUAUAAUAAAUGAUGAUCGUAUUGUUCCUCAUAUUCGUUCAUGUUCGGAACCAUCACCUAUAUCACCAUAUGGUAAAGAUAUUUAUUCAUAUGGUAUUCUUGAAGAAACAAUACGUCAAACAUUUGAAAAAGAACGUCAACCAAUUAUUGUUGUACCUGGUUUAAUGUUAGGCGCAACAGAUAGUAGAUCAUAUACAAAUUUAUCCAAAAAUUUAUAUCGUUUUUCUCCAUUUGUUUAUCGUCAUGAUGAUUUAAAUCGUCUUCAUGGUGAUAAUGAACGUAUAAGACAUAAUGACAUGCAACGAGGAUUGAAUUUUUAUUUUCAUCUUAUUCUUAACAAUCAACUUGAAAAUAUACCUGAAACAAUAUUAAAUUCAGAGCUUUAG